AGACUGAAGCGUACAUCUACCAUGUCAAAAAAACCAACCUAUCCUUUGCCACAUUUAGAAUGCCUGUGUGUUAUCUGUCGGGAGAUUUUGCUGGAGCCGGUGACGCUGCCAUGCCAUCAUACUUUGUGCCGUCCCUGUUUCCAGAUGACUGUGGAGAAAGCCAGUCUUUGCUGCCCUUUUUGUAGGCUGCGAGUUUCCUCCUGGGCUCGUUACAAUGCCCGAUCAGGAACACUAGUCAACAAGGAACUUUGGGAGAUUAUCCAGCGCCAGUAUCCAGAGGAGUGCAGGCGUCGUGCUUGUGGACUGGACACUGGAGAAGAAUUUGAAGAUGGCUUUACACCUUAUCCAGCUCCACAACUGUGCAAACCAGGGGAAAUCAGAAAAGAAUAUGAAGCUGAAAUAACAAAGAUUGAAGCUGAUCGGCUUAGGAGAGAAGAGGACGAGCGGAGGGCAAGUGAGGAAUACAUUCAGAAGCUGUUGGCGGAGGAGGAGGCAGAGCAGCGAUUGUCUCUUGAACGCUCACAAAGGGAACUGGAAGAACAGAUGAAGAAAGAUGAGGAGCUGGCUUGGAUGCUCAACAGUGAUCUGGACCUGGACUCUGCUGCCCCUGUGGUGGAGUCGCCUGUAAUCCACAAGAAGACAGUCGGUACAAAGUCCUCUAAAACUGUGAAAAGCAAUCGAACGCAGUCUGGAGACAUUGAGAGGUUUCUGUCGCCUAAAUCCGUAAAUUUUGGUGAUACUGCAGGGCCUAGUUUUGUCCGAAAUGGGGAGCUUCAGUCAUCUUUUAAUCGUAGUCCUAUGGAAGGAUCAGAUGCAGAACCUAUGGAAGGAUCAGAUGCUGAACUUCAACUACCUGGUCUGACUAAAUUUUCUCCUACCAGAAGUGCAUUACAGGCACGAUCACCCACAAACAAAGAUUUCGGACAAACUGGAACUCAUAAGCCUCAGAUUACCAUAACUACUGCAGAGUUCUCUCCUCCCAGAUGUUCUAGCUCUCUGGACCAUUCAAGCAAAUGGCAAAGCCCACAAUGCCUUGAUAUGCCUGAACAGUGGCAUACAGUAACACCUAAAAGAACUCUUGAUCUCUUUGAGGACACAGAGGACCAUCCAAGUGAAAAGAGGCCUUGCCUGGAGAACGGCACAGCUCCUGGAUGUCACACAGAGAAGUUAAUGGAACUGGAAGAGACUCUUCAUGGGAAAAAGAUGCAGGAGGAGGAGGACCGGCUUCUGGCUCUAAAGCUACAAAAGCUGUUAGACAAAGAGGUGAAACAAGUCAGCAGACAGAAGGGUUCCCCAGAUGCGUAUACACUGCGCCCUAAAAGAUCCGCUCCACAGCAGGAGCCAUUAGAGUCUACACCAUUGAAAAGGACCGCUUCGAGGGACAGUACAGGAAAAAACAGUUCUGAACAUGGGGAAUCCUCUGAUGAAAAUAAAAAACCUGCCUCAAAAAAGUGCAUUCAGUUCCCUCCAGGAGGAGGUAGACGUACAAGGAAAACUUCUGAACAGCCCUCAUCACCUAAUGGGGUAAAAAUCCUGAAGCCAAGUAACAAACAGCAAACUAUACUUGACAUGUUUCAAAAAUCUACAAGAAAGUAACUUAAAUAAAACCAGCAUGUUUGGUGGAGG